AUGGUCCUCAUUUGCACAGAUUUGCUGUUUCAGCCGCUUACACUCCUCGAUUGCCUUCAUACCUUCUGCGGAUCCUGCCUGAAAGAAUGGUUUCAUACACAAGCAUCUCGUCGAUCUCCCUCUACUCCUCGAUUUACCUGCCCGUCAUGCCGUGCGAACGUCCGCGAGACUCGACCGAAUGCCACCGUGACGACGCUCUUGGACAUGGUCCUGACCGCUAAUCCCGAGCGUGCCAAGCCAGCUACCGAACGAGCAGAGAUAGAGCAACGUUAUAAACACGGGGAAUCAGUAUUUCCGUCUCUGUCUUCUCCGGGGAAUAGCUCCGCAGGGUCUGAUGAAGAAGAUCAGAGGAUAUUGGAGGAGGUUCGCCAGCUGAGUCUUCAGGACAGCCGGAGUCAGACGAGGACGACGGGCCAGCGGUCACGACAGUCAUCUCGAACACGGCGAGCGGAAUCUACGGAUCUUAAUGGACAACGAGAAGAUGGCCGCUCUCGGCGGCGGCGGGAAGAGGAGCGUGCAGCUCGGCGAGAACGCGGAGCUCGAGCAACCGGACGGCCACAGAAUGCUAGGGAGCGGUCGAGGAGAAUCGAGCACCAAUCAAGCCUGCGAUCGUUGCUGAGCUUAUCGGAUACAGAAACUAUGGAGGAAGAGAUUUUACGGCAAAUUUUCGAGGAAGGAUUGCUGGAUGAUAUUGACUUGGACAAUUUGGAGCCCGGACAGGAAGAAGAGCUCAGCGAGCGCAUUGCUGAUGCUUAUCGCCGAAGACACAUGUUGCGCACCCGCUCUCAGCGACGGCAAGAUACGCCAGGGCAUCAUCAAAUGCAAAGGCAAGCUCAUUCUCGUUCACGGUCCAUGCAAAGACCGCAAGAAUCUACCAGCAGCCCCGCAACUCCGAGAUCACCACUCCUCGAACCACCUGUAUCGCGUCCAGGGCCCUCAAACCACCAGAGACGUCUCUCUGAGCAAGGAAGCAACCGGAGGAGGAGAACGUCUCCGGUUCCCUAUAGCCCGGCUUCAUCAUCAGAUGUCACGCUUAGUCCUGCUCUUCGAACAUCAAGUGACACCAUCCCCGAUCGAUCCCGGAAUUCUCAUUCUCGACCUCCGCCAUCUGGAUCUGUUGCGACGCGGCCUCGACGUGCUCACUCCUCUGGCCAGAGCGUCCCUCACAUCUUAAUCGGUGAUCGAAAUGGGACGUCUAGUCAUAGUCGUACUAGAUCCUCUAUUGAUUCUCCGAGGUCGACUCCUCUAGCAGCACGAAACCCUCCGGAUAGUCCGAGUUCUCUACGACCGCGAAAUAACACGUCCGAGAUAUCUACAAACAGUUCUGUUCUGGCUGAAGUCAACGGCCCACGUUCUCGGCCGUCCUCAUCUCGCUCAAACGCGUUGACGCAACCUGCCAAUUCGUUCCUCGAACCGAGCAUCUCAUGCGAUCGCUGCGGCAAAGCUAGCAUCCAAUAUGACCUCCAUAUGACUUGCUCGCAGUGCAAAGAUGGCGACUACCAUCUUUGCCUCAGAUGCUAUCGCCUUGGCCGAGGUUGUUUGGAUUGGAAGGGAUUUGAGAAUUCAGCGCAGGCCGAGUUCGUGAGAAUGAGGGCGUCAUCGGCCAGCCAGGCAAAUUCGCAAGAGUCCCAACAUGUCCUACAGUCUUUCAAAUAUUCACGCCCCUCAGAGACAGCUCUUCGAUUUGUGCGAGAUGGAAGGGAGACAACUAGUGACGAUCCCGCCCGCAGAUUGCAGCAAGGGCUCUUCUGCGAUUGUUGCCAGUCAUCCGCUAAUGAGCUCUUAUGGACCUGCAAUCAAUGCAACCAAGGGGACUGGGGGUUCUGCAACAAAUGCGUUAACAAGGGCAAAUGCUGCACGCACCCCCUACUCCCGAUCUGCCGCAUAGAUCGGCCCCCUCAAGAUCAAUCCACCGCUGGCAGCAGCAUUAGUGAAUUCAGCGUUCUGACUAUUUCAACUCGAUGCGACGCCUGCUCCUGCGCAAUCCCCACCUCAACCCUUCGAUUCCACUGCCUCCAAUGCAAUGACGGCGAUUACGAUCUUUGCGCCAACUGCUACCUGAAAUUCGUUGCGACAUCGAAGAUUCGCAAGGAAAACGGUCUCAAUGGGUGGCGGCGAUGUCUGAAGGGGCACCGCAUGAUCGUUGUCGGGUUCGAAAGUUACCCCGAAGGCCACCGCCGAGUUAUCGCACGCAAUCUCGUCGGCGGUAACGCCUUGAAGGACAAAUACCUCCCGUCAACCUCAUCUCCUGCCCAAGCCGUCGGUACACCCACUUCAGAGAGUCCAACAACUGUGGGCGACUGGAGUUGGAAAGAGGGAUCCGAGCGUCGAAAGAAAACCUCCCGUAUACGCUCUGCAUGCAAUAAUGAUCGUGACCGCACACCGGUCCCCGAACCGGGCACCCCUUCCUCAGUUAAUCCGGCCCAGCCUCAAAGUCCCAGCACGGCAAACCCAGCUCCUCGUCGCUUCCCGCCAGAUGGCGGCGUCGGCCUUAUAGUCCAUGCAAUGUGGUCCUGGUACCCGGAAGAGGGCGUCCACGACGAACUAAUGUUCCCGCGUGGCGCGGAAAUCACCGAAGCAGAGAAUAUCAACGAUGACUGGUAUUGGGGUUGCUAUGCGGGAAUGACCGGAUUAUUCCCUGGGUCGCAUGUUUCCGUGGCCGCGGAGAUUGUUUGA